AUGGCCACAUCCAAGUUUCUUCCUGGCGAGGAAAAUAAAGGAGAAAUUCGAGUCGCAAUCAUUGGUGCAGGUCUCGCUGGACUUGCUGUCGCCAACGUGUCCAGCCCUGAAGUAUGGCCCAAAGUCCGCAAGGUCUGGUCCAAAGACAAAGAGACGGUGCCUACGCUUGUUCACCCUGUUACCUUCAAGGCUCUCCUACGACUAGGCGAGCACAAGAGGUAUCCCCUGAGCCGUUCCUUGCCAAGACUCGGACUUCGUCUUACGUUGCUGGAGCCGAUGCUCGCCCAAGUCAGGUACGAAACCUUCCUUAAUGCGGCCAGUGGAAGUCUAGGGCACAGCAAGCCUUUGACUGAGAGCGUGCUCGAGUACCAAGCGGAUUCGCCCUCUGACAAUGGAUGCUCGUUCGCCUACACCUUCAAGGAGUACACCGAGUUCUGUGGUAUCUCCAAGGCCAGAGUAGUCAUGUCGACACCAGAUCAUGAAAAUAUGGUAAUUCUCUUCCCCUCAGGCCUCCUAUGUGUGCGGUACAUCGGACCCAACGGUCGUCUUCGUGCAUCGCAUCGCGCCAUCAUAUAUGAGUCGCUUGAAGACCGUGGCCCAGAUGAAUACGAGAAGCUAAUAGAACCCGCGUACGUAUAUCAUCCACAUACAGCAACACAACCAUUGCGCCGCGAUCAAAUUGUCGAGCUCGACAUUAGUCUCUGGCCCGGGGGUAUAAUCUUUGAUCCUGGAGAGUCCAUGAGGCUUGAAUUUGCGGGCCAGGGCCAAAUUCUACAGGAUCUUGAUAGUGUGAAUGAGCAUCUGGUGAAUUACAACGUUGGGCGGCAUAGGCCGCAUACAGGUGGGGAGUAUGAGUAUCAGCUCUUGGUGAACCUGUGGAGGAGCGGUCAGGAAGAUGAUAUUACUGAGAGGGCUUAG